AUGACUGCAACUUGUGGACCGAUCUUUAAGCUUCUCCGUAAGGGCCAAGAGUGUAAAUGGACAGAAGAAUGUCAGAAAGCUUUUGAGGAUAUCAAAGAAUACCUGUUGGAACUUCCAAAUUUAAGCCCACAAGUGGAAGGAAGACCUCUGAUCAUGUAUUUGACCGUACUUGAAAAUUCUAUGGGGUGUGUCCUGGUUCAGCAAGACGAGUCUGGUCGAAAAGAGUAUGCCAUUUAUUACUUGAGCAAAAAGUAUACCGACUAUGAAACAAGAUAUUCACUGCUCGAGAAAACUUGUUGCACUCUUGUAUGGGCUUCUCGUCGGCUAAGGCAGUACGUGUUGACUCAUACGACAUAUCUCAUAUACAAAAUGGAUCCAAUCAAAUACUUGUUUGAAAAGCCUGCGUUGACUAGAAGAAUUGCCUGUUGGCAGAUGUUAUUAUCAGAGUACGACAUCCAAUAUCGUGCCCAAAAAGCCAUCAAAGGAAGUAUUUUAGUCGACCAAUCCUUGCAAGAUGACUUCCCAGAUGAAGAGAUCAUGUAUUUGAAAUCAAAAGAUUAUGAGGAACCUUUACAUGGAGAAGGACCUGAUCCUGAAUCCCGAUGGGGUUUGAUAUUUGAUGGAGUUGUUAAUACUUAUGGUAUAGGAAUUGGGGAAAUCAUUGUUAUGCCAUAA